CUCUCUCUCUCUCUCUCUCUCUCUCCACUCCCCCCUCUCUCUUCCCCACUCGGCUCCUCUCCCCCCUUGCGCCCACAGCGUUUGGUGUUGAUUCGAGCGGGAAGAGGGGGGUGGGUGGGAUCGGAGGGGGAGACCAUGACCUCCAGCUACGGGCACGUUCUGGAGCGGCAACCGGCGCUGGGCGGCCGCUUGGACAGCCCGGGCAACCUCGACACCCUGCAGGCGAAAAAGAACUUCUCCGUCAGUCACCUGCUAGACCUGGAGGAAGCCGGGGACAUGGUGGCGGCGCAGGCGGACGAGAGCGUGGGCGAAGCGGGCCGGAGCCUGCUGGAGUCGCCGGGACUCACCAGCGGCAGCGACACCCCGCAGCAGGACAAUGACCAGCUGAGCUCGGAGGAGAAGAAGAAGAGGAAGCAGCGGCGGAACCGGACGACCUUCAACAGCGGCCAGCUGCAGGCGCUGGAGCGCGUGUUCGAGCGGACCCACUACCCCGACGCCUUCGUGCGCGAGGACCUGGCCCGCCGGGUGAACCUCACCGAGGCCAGAGUGCAGGUGUGGUUUCAGAACCGAAGAGCCAAAUUCCGCAGGAACGAGAGAGCCAUGCUGGCCAAUAAGAACGCUUCCCUCCUCAAAUCCUACUCAGGAGACGUGACGGCCGUGGAGCAGCCCAUCGUGCCCCGCCCUGCUCCGAGGCCCACCGACUAUCUGUCCUGGGGCACGGCCUCUCCGUACAGUGCCAUGGCUACUUACUCUGCCACAUGUGCCAACAGUGGCCCUGCACAGGGCGUCAACAUGGCCAACAGCAUUGCCAACCUGAGACUGAAGGCCAAGGAGUAUAGUUUACAGAGGAGCCAGGUGCCGACAGUCAACUGAGGAAAAAAUAAUUAAACAGGCCUAAGAAGAAACCAAAACCCAUAAGACACCUAUCCUGUUCUGUCAUUUCUUCAUCUGCCGGAAAAUAAUAAUAACGAUAAUACUAAUCAAAACAAACCAAACACAGAACUAAAAUAUUGGGACCAUGGCAGAGAAAAGCAGGAGAGGAGCCAAACGAACGUUAGUUGACAAAUGUUCCUCCUUCUCGGGCGCCAGCACCACCUGCUUCUGUGCGUUCAUUGUGUUUCCCCUUCUGUUCCUGUGCUUUUUGCUUCAUAUACUCCGAGCUUCUCCAGUCAGGUGCAGCCCACUCACUCCCAUGAUCGCAUGGGUUCUAAAAAAAUCUACAGCCGCCAAAGAAACGGAGUAUACAUAUAUAUAUAUUCAGAAUAUACAUAUAUUCUAUACAUAUGCAUAUUCUGAAUAACUGUCCGAAUAAUCUCCUCAUUGACUUGUUUAAACCUCAGUGCCUUACCCUGUCCUUCUUCCCAGUUCUCUGUAUAGAAGGCUCUAGGAACUUCUAAAAAGCCAGUCUUUCUGAAGAGUCUGUGCCAGACAUGACUUCCUUUCUCACUGUCUCCAUCUCUGUUGGUCAUGGUAAGGUUUUGCCAUCAGCUACUGGGAAAAAAAAAAAAAAAAGCCAUCGUGUACAACACCUGGUCACUGGCCCGUCUGAUCCAGUGGGACUGGCUGUGUCCGGCUACUUCUAAGCUCUGGGUCUAAGCUCUAAACUAUAGAUACUAUCACCAUCACCCUCCACCCCCAUCCAAACAAUCAGCUAUCUUAAGUUAAAGAUAUUUGUUGUUUUUGAAUGAUUUGCUGUCAUGCGCUAUUUGAUAGAAGUAAUAUUUUUCACUUGAGAGAGGGAGAGAAAUUUCUCUCGGAAAACAAAGACUGAGUUGUGAAAGGCAUGGCCUCCAUCUCUUUGGUGCCUUAAUGGUCGUCAGACGCACACUUAUAUAUAGACUGUAUAUAUUGAUAUAUUAUAUAUAUGAUAUUCUUGCGAGCUUGAUUUGCAGACGCUACAAAAAGCGAAUUACACGCCGUCACCACUGCCCUUAUCACUACAGCGAUGAGACUUUUUAUUGGGGACCUUGCUUCCUUUCUUACUCGACACAGAGCGAUUGCUAGGAGCUGUUUGAGAACAGGGCUCAUUUUCACAUGAGGGCUUUAAAUAAAUUAGAAACUAUUUGAGGCUUAUAAGAAUGUCCUUGACUCUGGAGCCUGAGCCCCGGUGGAAUCCCCGAUCUAUCACGGGAAUCACACUUAGAGAGAGGAGGAAAAGCCAUUGGGUCGCCUGCCCUUCCUCCCCUCAACAGGAAUCCGAAAGACACAUGUUUUAAUGGAAUAUUUUAAAGGUUUGUCUAAAUUUCAAAAGAGGCAAUUAUGGGCUCCUUUUAAUUUCCUAACAUUUUGAAAUAAAGCUUAGUGGCCAGGGCUGGGAGACCUUUCUUGUCUCUUUCUCUUUGUUUCCAGCUGUGCUUUUGUAAUUCGUCAGUUGGACUUGAUCAAACCACAUUACCACGCGGUGCCUCGGUUUACCCUCUUUGUAAAAUGGGUUUAACGAUACCUCCCUACCUCACAGGGGUGUUGUGAGGAUCAAUUCGUUUGCUCCUUUGUUCUUUCCUGUAUUCUCUGUAUGUCCAGCACUUUUUUGCCACGGGAGGAAAGGGACUAUAAAAGUAUUCGAUGUCAGUGGGAGGGUCCGGUACCUGGAAACCUAGUUUUCUAGCGAGGAAAUGCUACCUUGCUGUACAUACUUAUAACCUUGCAUUUGGUUUAUAUUUACAGACCUCUGAGAAAUCACAUCAUUUGACCAAAGAAUCAUUUUAAGGCACACA